AUGAGCAUGGUAUGGAUGGUGGCUAUUGAAAUGGCCGAGAACAUGAUGGACUACCACUUGACCGAGGGCCAGGUCAACCUGGAUGACCCACAGUUUUGGGUGGCCGCAGUCAUGUCGAUCGGUGCUGAUUCCUUGCGCCGUUGCCGUACAACUAUCUCCGCCUUCGCAAGUAUGGGAUAG